ACCGCCGCCGCCGCCGCCACAAGUGUGGAAUGUUCCCACGGAUCCCAUUGGUCCGGGCCCGCUCGGCCGCCGCGGUCCCUCUUUAUUUCGUUUUACGUUUGAUUUUUUUUUCCUUUACCCAUUUUUAUUUUCCCCCCUUGCGCCGCCCGAUAUCACACGCACACACACACACACGUUCACGUUCACGUACACGCGAACGGUUUUUGCGCGCGCCGCCGCGGAUCACGUUUUUCCGCCGCUGAACAGGGUCGUCGUCGGGCACUCGCCACUCAGUCGUCCGCGGUCGCCGCCCGCGUGUACUCGUGUGCAGUCGUUGUCGUCGUCCCGGUGUACCCGAUUCCCGACACUUCGCGCCCAACGCACGUCACAUCCCGGGACGGGUAAAAUAGCGCGAUACCACCGAUUAACGCCGCUCAACAAUAAUAGUGUAAACAUUACCAAAUAGUUUUUGAAAAAAAAAAAUAUUAAAUUAAUUUCGCAAGAGGCUUAUGCCGACUUGGCGUACCGCACAGCUACCUCCGCGUCAGUCGUCUGCAACACGCGCGUCUCGCGGGUCGUGUGCUCUCACGUGCUCGCCCGGCGCCGUCCAGUCGAGAACAAAAUAUUAUUAUUAUUCUUAUCAGCCGUCGAUUUCGACUUGACAUAGUAAAAUAAUAUCAUAACUCGUGUCCGCCGGACCAAUCGUCCCCAUCCGUCCAAGUCGCACUCGAAUCCCCCAAAACCAACUUUCACCACCCUUCACCGAAAAACCGAACUUUACGCCGGGCUGCCACGGCCGCCGCUCUCGUUCUUCUUCCUAUUCUGGACACCGGCGACAAGACUCGAGAUUUAUGGGAACUUGGACGCUAAAAUCAGAGAAAGAUGGUGAUACGGAUGAUGGAGAAGUGGUAGGCUCUUUAAGCUGUUAUAACUCCGUGGAACUUCUUGGAGUGCCAGCAAGGAUGCCUCACCAUUAUGGUCCCGAAGCUCCCAUGCAGUUUCGACCGGAACAGCGUCUAACUAGAGAUGCAAUGGAGAGGUAUCUACGAGAUCGCAACGAUUUAGUGUUGGUUAUUCUCCAUGCUAAAGUAGCUCAGAAAUCGUACGGUAAUGAAAAACGAUUUUUUUGUCCACCCCCUUGCAUAUAUUUGUUUGGUGAUGGCUGGAGACUUCGGCAAGAACAACUAUUAAGAGAAGGAGUGUCUGAAGCUAAUUCUCAGAUGAGCGCAUUCAUUGGUAUUGGAAGCACUGACCAAGAGUUACAACCUCUUGACCUUAACAAUGGAAAGCAGUAUUGUGCUGCGAAAACGUUGUUCAUUUCAGAUUCGGACAAACGAAAACAUUUUAUGUUGAUGGUUAGAAUGUUUUAUAAUAUUGGUUAUGACAUUGGUACAUUCCACAGUAAACGAAUAAAGGUUAUAUCAAAACCAUCAAAGAAAAAACAAUCGUUAAAAAAUGCUGAUUUAUGUAUCGCAAGUGGAACAAAAGUAGCAUUAUUCAAUAGGUUAAGAUCCCAAACAGUCAGUACACGAUACUUGCACGUGGAGAAGGGUAACUUCCAUGCCAGCUCGACGCAGUGGGGUGCAUUUACUAUUCACUUAUUAGAUGAUGAUGAAAGUGAGAGUGAAGAAUUCAAUGUUAGAGAUGGAUAUGUUCAUUAUGGCAGUACUAUCAAGCUAGUCUGUAGUGUCACUGGUAUGGCCUUGCCUCGACUUAUAAUAAGGAAAGUCGAUAAACAGAUGGCUCUUCUGGAAGCUGACGAUCCUGUGUCGCAACUGCAUAAGUGUGCGUUUUACAUGAAAGAUACAGAGCAUAUGUAUUUAUGUUUAUCCCAAGAGCGUAUAAUCCAGUUUCAAGCAACUCCUUGUCCCAAGGAACCCAACAAAGAAAUGAUUAACGAUGGUGCCUGUUGGACGAUUAUAAGCACGGACAAGGCUGAGUAUCAGUUUUAUGAAGGCAUGGGUCCCGUUAACUCGCCAAUAACACCUGUUCCAGUCGUUCACAGUUUGAACUUGAACGGUGGUGGUGAUGUGGCUAUGUUAGAAUUGACUGGAGAAAAUUUCACACCUCACCUACAAGUUUGGUUUGGUGAUGUUGAAUCUGAAACUAUGUAUCGCUGCCAGGAGAGUAUGUUGGCUGUUGUACCAGAUAUAUCCUCAUUUAGGGGUGAUUGGCUCUGGGUCAGGCAGCCAACCCAAGUACCAGUAUCACUAGUGAGAAACGAUGGUAUAAUUUAUGCCACGGGGCUGACAUUUACAUACACGCCAGAAUCUGGACCCAGGAAUCACAUCCAACCCACAGACGACAUUAUGCGAGCGCCACAUCCUCAUAAUAGGUUACAGCCAGCCAUAAACGACGUUCCGUGGAACCAACAUUCCAAUAUUAAAGAUUAUCAAUGAUGAUGUGUACCGUGAAUAAAAUUGGACCAAAGAAUAGUACUUUUAUGGAGUACGAAUUAAAAAAUGUACGAAAAUGUAUUGAAAACUAUCUAUACAUUUUCUUUGCAUUUUAUGCGGUACGGAUAAAUAAUAAUAAUAAACACACUAAUCAUGGAUAAUUUUUAGUUGCACAUAAUUGUUUGCAUAUUGGUUCCUUUUAAUCAUUUUCUACGAUUAUUCUUAUAAAUAAUUUUUUCCGUCCAUUUGAUUGGUCAAACAAGCGAAUUUCUUACCAAAGUCUAAAGAUCGUAAUUUUUGGCAUGAAAUUGGACGCUACGCCUGUUCUGUUAUUAUAUAAUUGUGCAAUGUCAUUAAGAUACGUUUUGGGAAAACGUUACUGCAUAUCUUAUAGUUAGUUGAAAUUAUACAUUUGUAAAUUAGUUUGUGGAACUCAUAUAAUAUCUUGAAUUUCAAAAGUGAAUCAAUUACUUACUAUGCAAUAUUCAUCCCGGUCUUAGCUCCCGUUACGAACAGUUUUGAUUUUAAUGACUAACCGUAAUUAUCUAUAAGCUUCUCACGAAAUUACUAGUUACUGACAUAAAUUAUUAGUCUUGUCUACAAAUCAACAAGACUCAAGAGUAGGAACAAGUUUGAUCGUUAAUUGAAGUUGUAAACAGCUUUACAUUUUAAGUCAAACAAAUGUUCCUAAACAUACAAUUAUAAAACGAUCAAUACAAUAAAUUCAAAAUGAUUUACGUGUCUAAAAGAGAGAAAAAACUAAUUAUUUUACUUUUGAAAUUCAUGACCCUUUCAGUUAACAGUAUUUUCAAAUUAAUUUUUUAAGUAGGUAUAAAAAAGCAAAAUGCAUAUUCUACGGUGCUUAGAAUUAUAUACAUAAUAAAAACAAUAACAUCGUACACUGGCUAAUGAUAUUUUGUUUCCAAACCAGAUUUUGAAGUUUUGGUUUAUAUUUGUAUGAAACAAAAUAUAUUUUUUUAAGAAGUGCAUUUUUUUAUCAUUAUGGUUAUUUUAGUUAAGAAUAUGCGUGAUAGAUAUGAUUAUAUUAUAGUUUUAAAAUGGUAAUAUUAUGAAAUCUGAUUACUGUGAAUCUAUGUUAUUAAAUUUAGUAUUAUUAAAUAUUAGCCUGUGGUCAAAAAAAAUCUUAAUUUUAACACACAUCAUAAUCGCGGAAUGAUUCGUUUAUUUUCUUGAACAACAUCACGUGGUACCUAUUCUACCUACCUACUAAAACAUAAUGUUUUAUUUUAUUUUUUAUUUUAAUUAUAUUACUACUUAUAUAUAUAUAUAUAUAU